GAGGGAGGAAACACCGCCCAUCAGGUGUGUACUCACACAGUGACUCACAUUGUCACCACCGAGGAAGAUUCACUAAAACGGGCUCUUUUACUCCGACAGUGUGCGGCGACAUUUGCGUUCAAUAAAAGUACAUGAAGGGACUUUUACAGAGGAACUAACCGGCUGGAGUCGAGGCAGAACAAAUGUUUUCUCUCAUGUAUCGGAUAUGGCCUCUGCUUCUCCUGGGAGGACUCGCGCUACCAGGGGUUCGACAUGUCAGUGGAAUGGAAAUAUACACUCCAAAAGAGUUGGAAGCGGUCAACGGGACAUCUGUGAAACUGAAGUGCACCUUCACUUCAACUCACCCAGUGUCGACUAAGUCCUUCACCGUGGCCUGGAACUUCCGGCCCAUAAAUUCAGGAUCUGAUGAGACGGUGUUUUACUACCAGGGUGAACCUUUCCCUCCCACGGAAGGGCGCUUUAAAGGCCAUGCGGUGUGGUCAGGAGAUAUUAUGAGACGGGACGUUUCCAUCACCCUGCAUGAGGUGCCUCCGACCUUUAAUGGCACCUACAGCUGCCAGGUGCGCAACCCCCCAGAUGUGCACGGCAGCAGCGGAGAGAUCGUCCUCAGUGUCGUCAACAAAGUUUCCCUCUCUGAGAUCAGCGUCCUGGCAGCGGCAGUCGGAGGUGCCUGUGCUGUAAUCCUGAUCUUCCUCGCUAUCUUCGUGGCGGUGAGGUUCUACAGGAAAAAACGUACGGAACCCGACAUCGAGAUGCAGCCGCGGGAACAAGUGUGGAAGGACCCGACCGUGUGUUCACCCGAAGAGGCUAUACAUCUGACAGUUUUAAAGAAGGAGAAAGAAGUUGAUAGCUCAGAUGAUGAACAGUCUGAACCCAGCAGUGGAGAUGAUGAGGAAGAGGAAGGCCUUGAAGAGGAUGACGACGACGAUGAUGAUGAUGAUGAUGAUGACGACGACGAUGACGAUGAUGAUGGUGGUGGUGGUGAUGAUUAAUUGGACGCACUCGAUUGAUUAGAAUUGCCUAUCCCGUUACAACAUCAGCCUUAUUGCUAUUCGUUAACAUGAUUUAACAACUUGUAAUUUAUUCUUCAGAGCUCAGUGCAUUAUGGUCACUGAAUUACAGCAGAUAUUACCGUAAAUAUCGUCUUUUUUAUUAAACACAUUCUUCUUUGUUAAAACCUGGCACCUACAUUUCCCACAAUGCAACUCGACUGCCGACAGUUCGGACAGAUGCUGUGUUCCAUUUGAACUGGGAAGUCAGAAUGUCCAUGUUCCUAUUUGGAAUUUCAACUGGACCGCCCUCUGAAGUCGGAUUCAGACUCUGAAAGUCAGACAAACCUCACUAACCCCGACCUCAAAAACCAAGAUGGCUGCUCCGUGCAUCAACACUACAAAAAGCUUUAGUAAUGUACUAUUUAUAGCACUUCUGUCAUAUUAGAGUCUCAUUAAAUCAGUCGUACACACAGUACUGUCCAGCUUCUAUCUGUGGACAUGUUGCUAUGGUGAUUGUGUGCACAAUAUACCAGAGUAAUGCAUGUUAUCAACUGGUAUUGCCAACAAUAGCUUAUAAUGGCUAACCUGGCUGGAGCAAACCCCAUUAAGUUUUCUGACUUGUUGUACUGGAAUGCGGUCAACUCGGGUGUGACGUCAUUCCCAGCUCUGACUUCCAAUUUCUGAGGUAAAUGGAAUGCAGCAAGAGAUUCGGAUGUGUUUAUGCUAGUAGCGGCUAAUGUAGCCUUGAGCUUCAGAGCCAAAGAGGUCUGGCCGCUUCUUUGUAACUCCAAACAAGAUUGAUUUCAUUUUCAAACUUUGAGUCUUCAGCACCAACCAACGCUGACUCAAGUAACAUCAUGUGAGGCAGUAUCAGACUUCACUAGGCUCCCUCUGGAGCCACAAAUACAGUCACAUAUGCAGCGGUACUCCCCAACACCUGUAAACAGACUUUGAUGUGCAAACCGGCGUUCCCCUUUAAUUUCUAUGUUUUAUGAAUGUAGAUUGAUGGAUGUGAGUUUGUUGUACAUGACUGCUGUUAACUUUGCUUCUUUGUGCUAAUCUGACUGGAUUUCCAUACCGCUGCUGCUGGAAAGCUAUUUGCCUUAGAUCAAUGUUGUGAAAACUCAUGAAUUUUCAUGUUGAAUUAAUGGACUAUAGAUUUUUAAAGAGAAGAGCCAGUUUAAUUUGGCUCAUUGCUAAAACCACCCCAUACCAGUGCAGAAAGUGUUUGUUGAACUGUGGCAUUGCCAGAUGAUUCUCCUCUUCAAUUUCUAAAAGCAUCAGCCGAGAGUAGACAAAUCAUCAUUUUAAGAAAUAAACUGUGUCAUAGUGCAUUAUUUUUUGUUAUAUUUUUGGCUCCCAGAAAGUCCAUUGUGAAGAUUUAUGAGUGAUAAACAAAGCAAGGUGUUUACUGCAUUGGCAACAUUGCACAAGUGAUUUUGUAUUUAGAUUUUGUACAUAAUGUAAAAUAAGCAGAUCUUUACACUUUAAAAAAAAAAAGUCCUGAAAUAUUGUCAUAUCUAUCUCUAUUAAGUAACUGUGGAAUAAAGAACUGUUUUUGAAAUUA